AUGAACUCGCUGCUCUUCGGGGAGAUGGCCCGCGCCUUCUCCCCCGGCGCGGCGGCCGCCUCCUGCCCGCUGGGGCCCGGCGGCGGCCCCGGCAGCCCAGGGGCGGCGGCGGCGGCGGCGGCGGGGGGCCCUCCGGUAACGGCGGCGCUUCGUAACGACCUGGGCUCCAACAUCCACCUGCUGAAGGGGCUGAACGUGCGGUUCCGCUGCUUCCUGGCCAAGGUCCACGAGCUGGAGCGGCGCAACCGGCUGCUGGAGAAGCAGCUGGCGGCCCAGCAGAGCGAGCGCGACCGCCGCCUGCGCUACAAGACCUUCUCCCGCGACCAGGCCGUGCAGACCGACUCCGGGCCCCCCCCGCUGCUGCUGCCGCCGCCGGGCCCCGGCCACGGGCCGGCCGCCGCUCCCCUCGCCUCGCCGCCCCACUACAGCCGUUUGCCCGGCACCAUCUGGAGCUACACCCAGGUGCGGCGGACCGGGGGCGGCGGCUUGGAGACGGUGCAGGGGCCCGGUGUCUCCUGGAUCCAUCCGGACGGCGUCGGGGUGCAGAUCGACACCAUCACCCCCGAGAUCCGCGCCCUCUACAACGUGUUGGCCAAAGUCAAGCGGGAGCGGGAUGAGUACAAGAGAAAAUGGGAAGAGGAACUGACGAGAAGAAUGAGUCUGGAAUCGAUGGUAGAAACCCUGCGAGAGGAGGCGCAGGAAGCGGAAGCUCUCCAGGAGGAGUUAAAUGAAAAGAUUGAGAGACUGAAAGCAGAACUUGUGGUCUUUAAGGGUCUGAUGAGUGAUCCCAUGACAGACCUGGACACAAAGAUUCAAGAAAAGGCCAUGAAGGUGGACAUGGACAUCUGUCGGCGAAUCGAUAUCACAGCCAAGCUGUGUGAUGUAGCGCAGCAGCGCAACUCUGAAGACGUUUCCAAGAUAUUCCAGGUGGCUUCCAAGAAGAAAGAACGCAAGCUCGCAUCUGAUGAUGACCUCUCUGAACAGGAUGGAGACAAUGGCAGGUUCUCUGACGAUGAGGUCAGCUGUUCUUUGAACAUCACGGAUGAAAUGAAGCGUAUGUUUAAUCAGCUUCGUGAGACAUUUGAUUUUGAUGAUGACUGUGAUAGUUUAACGUGGGAGGAGAAUGAGGAAACAUUGCUUCUUUGGGAAGACUUCACAAACUGCAAUCCUUCAAUUGACCUCCAAGGAGAGGAAGAAAACCUGGGAAACUUGAUCCACGAAACCGAGUCUUUCUUUAAAACGAGAGACAAGGAAUACCAAGAAACAAUAGGGCAGAUAGAGCUGGAAUUAGCCACGGCCAAGAGUGACAUGAAUCGCCACCUUCAUGAAUAUAUGGAAAUGUGUAGUAUGAAAAGGGGCCUGGAUGUACAAAUGGAAACCUGUCGUAGGCUUAUCAAAGGCUCAGCUGACAGAAAUUCCCCAUCUCCCAGCUCUGUAGCCAGCAGCGACUCAGGAAACACAGAUGAAAUUCAGGAUGAGUUGGACAGAGAGACGGAUGUGGAGCCCAUGGUCAGCUGAUACGUAGUUGGAGCAUUCCAGUGAAAGGGAGGAUACAAGGAAAGAUUA